AUGUCGUUUAUAUUCUUCUUUAUAUGUUGUCUAUUGUCUCAGCGUCCGCACAAGGCAUACCCUAUCGAGAUGGCUCAGUUCCAUUCUCCCGACUAUGUCGAGUUCCUCCAACGAAUUAACCCCGAAAAUCAGAACUUAUUCCCCAGUGAAAUGGCUAGAUAUAAUCUUGGAGAGGACUGUCCUGUCUUUGAUGAUAUGUUUGAGUUUUGUCAAAUUUACGCCGGUGGAACCAUAGAUGCUGCACGGAGAUUAAACAACAAACUCUGUGACAUUGCGAUAAAUUGGGCUGGUGGUUUACACCACGCCAAAAAAUGUGAUGCAUCGGGUUUUUGUUACAUCAACGAUCUCGUACUAGGAAUCCUUGAGUUGUUGAAACACCAUCCCCGUGUGCUAUACAUAGAUAUAGAUGUUCAUCAUGGUGAUGGAGUUGAAGAAGCUUUUUACUUUACUGACAGAGUUAUGACUGUUAGCUUUCAUAAGUUUGGGGAUAAGUUUUUUCCAGGGACCGGUGAUGUUAAGGAUUUAGGAGAAAGAGAAGGGAAGUUUUACGCCAUUAAUGUGCCGUUGAAGGAUGGUAUUGAUGACAGUAGUUUCAACCGUCUGUUCAGAACAAUCAUUUCCAAGGUUGUUGAGAUAUAUCAGCCUGGAGCAAUUGUUCUUCAAUGUGGAGCAGAUUCACUAGCAAGAGAUCGACUAGGAUGCUUUAAUCUCUCUAUUGAUGGACAUGCUGAAUGUGUUAAGUUUGUGAAGAAAUUCAAUAUUCCCUUGCUGGUUACUGGAGGUGGAGGAUACACAAAGGAGAAUGUAGCUCGGUGUUGGACUGUUGAGACUGGCAUUCUUCUGGACACAGAGCUUCCUAAUGAGAUUCCUGAAAACGAUUACAUCAAGUACUUUGCGCCGGAUUAUUCAUUGAAGAUCCCUGGUGGUCACAUUGAGAAUCUAAAUACCAAAUCGUAUAUCAGUUCCAUCAAAGUGCAGAUUUUGGAGAAUUUGCGGUACAUUCAACACGCACCAAGCGUGCAGAUGCAGGAGGUUCCUCCAGAUUUCUACAUACCGGAUUUUGAUGAAGACGAACAAAACCCAGAUGAACGUGUGGACCAGCGUUCGCGGGAUAAGCAGAUUCAAAGGGACGAUGAGUAUUUCGAUGGGGACAACGAUAACAAUGGAUCGUAA